AUGCAUCUUCAACUUCUCAUUACUUCCUUCUUUUGUUCAAUUGUUUCUGUUGCUUCUAGCGUUGUUACAUGCAACUAUGGAGAUACAGAAUACGAUGGAUAUUGCUACACAUUCGUAGAUCAACGUCUACAGUUCCCGGAUGCUCAGGCAUACUGUGCCUCACAUGGAGGAGUCGUCGUGAGAUUCAGGGGCGACGCUGAUGGACGUUGGUUGGCUUCCACCGCUGCUACAAAAUUCCAUGCAACCUAUGGAAACUUCUGGAUUGGUCUUCACCUUGAAGACGAUCAAUGGGUAUGGGAUGAUGGUCAUAAAGUGGAUUAUCUCAAUUGGGGACCUGGAUAUCCUUACAGUGGAUACGACUAUGUUGGAGCUCAAUUAUCCAACACAAAAUGGGUUUCUGUGCAAUCAUCUGCUUCUCUUCCGUUCAUUUGUUAUUAUCAAAAAGGACACAACAGAAAUCAAGCGACCACUCCAGUGCCGAGUGAAAAUCCAGUCAAUGUUUGCAAUGGUGCUGAACUGCUUCUCGGUCACAGAUGUUACUUCUUCAACCCAACUCUUCUUCCAUACGAUUUGGCUAAACAAGAAUGCGAAAAGGCUGGAAAGACACUGGCCGUUUUCGACAAUCAGUCUCAAAUCAAUUUCGUUACUUCUACCGCAAUCAGCAAGUUUUCAAUGACAUACGGCUCGUUCUGGAUUGGUCUCACCAAGAAUUCCUCUGAUAACAAGUUUUAUUGGGCUGAUGGAGACAUGAACCAACUCAAUAACUGGUCACCUGGAUACCCAUUCCAACAUCAGACAAUUGCUUCUCAGCAAGUAUCAAACAGCAAAUGGAAGACCUCGGAUACAAGCUCUUAUCUCCCUUCUGUUUGCAGCGGAUAUGCUUCAUAA